AUGAUAAAGUCUGAUGAUCAUCUACCAAAUGUGCAAUUGUUGCACAAGAGGAACACUACAACAAACAGGAAACAGGAUAAGAAGGACAAGUCAAGUACAAAGAAUGAUUUGGAUCUAAAUGCAAAGACAUUGUUGCCAGUAGUAGCCUUGGAGAAGUUAAAUAAUGGUAUCAGCAGCAGCAAUAUCACCGAGUCCCCAAUAUCACCAACGGUCGCGACGGCCAAAGCAAGUUUGUUAACACCAGCCUCCCCUGGAGAAACUCCCCAUUCCCCAUCACUCGAACGUUUCUCCGCCAUCUCCAAACCCCGUGAUUCACUCUUAACUGUACCGAUCAAUGCAAACAUACAAUGGGGCACAUUCAACUACAUUGCAUUGUGUUAUGUGAUGGCUGGCUUUGCAAUGAUGGCCGACAACUAUGUCAAGCUGGGCACACCGAUCGACUUUAGCUUGAUGUGGUGGCUGGUGGACAAGUGGGAGGUGGGUCUCUUUGUCUGGAUCAGUCUAUUGGCAUUCAGCUACGUCAACUACCUUUGCACCAAAUUCUUUGUCGAUCAUAACCUGCCAGGCUGGACAUCCAUCCUACUCUACUGUCUCUGGCAGUUUGUAACAUUCACCCUUACCAUCCAUUGUUUGUUCCAAUAUGAAUUGUCUCCAAUCCUCAGCGGAGGUACUGGAAUGCAGUUGUGUGUCUACUCACUCAAGAAUCACUCAUACUGGCACACAAACUACUUCCUCAAGAAGGGAGUUGUCAAGGCAUCCAAGAACAACUCUCCAAUCAGCAGAAGGGACUUGAUUCCAAACACAUCCAUUUCACACUUCACAUACUUCUUGUUUGCACCAACUUUGGUGUAUGAAGGACAUUUCCCAAGGACCUCAAGGAUCAGAAUCACCUAUGUCAUCAAGGAGACCUUUGCAUUCAUUGGAACAUUCACAGUCUUUUACCUAUGUCUAUGUUACUCAACUCCAUUCUUCAAGGAUGCCAGUACCAAGCCAUUCUUGUUGCUCUUGGUACAACUAUCAUUGCCAUCGAUGAGCAUGUGGAUGCUAGGAUUCUAUGGAGUGUUCCAUUGCCUGUUGAAUGUAUUUGCAGAGUUGACAAAGUAUGCUGAUCGCGAGUUUUACCAGGAUUGGUGGAAUGCUACUACAUUUGAUCAAUGGUGGAGAAAGUGGAAUCGUCCAGUUCACAAGUGGAUGCUUCGUCAUUGCUACACCGACUCAAUGCACACUAUCAAGGUUGGCAAGUUUGGUGCAUUCCUCUCCACCUUCCUCCUCUCUGCCCUUCUUCACGAGAUUGUCAUGAUCCUAUCAUUCAGAUUCGUUCGUCCAAUUCUCUCUGUUACAAUGCUUUUACAAAUUGGAUUGAUCAAAUUCUCACAACUACCAAUACUUACAAAGACAAGAUUUGGAAAUGUUGUCAUGUGGAUCACAGUGUUUAUUGGUCAACCAUUUGUUCAACUACUCUACUCGACACAGUACAAUCAAAUCUAUCAUCAGAGUCAUCAAAUCUAA